AUGAGAGUGAAAGCAUUCCAAGGGUUAACUUGUUAUGGUGCUCAUUUGAAGGGCAAUUAUGGUGGAAUUUUACUAUCUGUUGUUGCCUUGGAUGGUAACAAUGAGAUAUACCCAGUUGCAUAUGCAAUUGUCAGCAGUGAAGACAAAGAUAGCUGGAGUUAUUUUUUCUGGCACAUCCACAACAUAGUCAAAGAUUCAGGAAGACAUAUUGGACAAUCAUCUCUGACAGGCAGAAGGUGUGGUGUUGAUGUUGCAUUGAAAACUGUUUGGCUUGAAGCUAAGAGAAGGUACUGUUGCAGAUACUUGAGUAUAAAUUACAAGAAGCUUUCCCAGGUCCACUUAUGUACAUCCUUUUCUGGAGAGCUUGCAAUGCUACAAAUAAAUUCACAUUCAGAAAGGCAAUGGAGAGACUUAAAAAGAAAGUGGAGUAAACACAAAUUUGAUCCAAAUGUGUGCAAUGACUCCAACACUUCAAACUUUGUUGAGAGUUUUAAGUCAACACUUGGAGCUGAUAGAUGCAGGCCAGUUUUGACUUUACUAGAAGGUAUAAGGAGAGUGUGCAUGGUCAGGAUAGCUUCAAGGAAAGAGGCUGCAAUGGCCUUGAAUAAUGAUGAACUCUGCCCCAAGAUAGCAAGAUUGGUCAGAGAGAUCAGCAAAGCCUCUACAACCUAUGGAGCUUUCCAGUUAAGCCCAGAGGAAUAUGAGAUUCAUGAGGGUAAAUCACAGUUCCCUCUUAGCCUAAACAGUAAGAUUUGCUCAUGUGGAGCUUGGCAAUUGUCUGGCAUACCUUGCAGACAUGCUAUAAGGGCAAUGACUCAUGCAAAAGUUGACCUUCACAAUUAUGUUAGUUCUUGGUAUUCUGCACAGACCUACAAGAAGGUGUACAGUCAUUGCAUAACUCCUAUCCCAGAUCUUAGUUAG